AUGGGAAAGCCAAAUACAAUAUUUGACUUUUUCAAAAGAAAAAAUACACAAAGUUCAAAUGCCAAUGUUGGUGAUGCAUCUUCGCCAACUUCUGAUAUCGUAAUUUCUGAAAAUUCUUCUAAAAAAUCUCGAAGAGUUGACGUCAAUGAAUUUGAUAUUAGUUCAUUGGAGUUUGAUCCUGGAUUGCGUCGUCAGAUAUGGGAGUAUAAUGUUAAUCAACGGGAUGAAAUUCGACGAGCUUACAUUAAAGUUGGUCCGUACCAAUUUAUCCACCCAGACUACCCAAAAUCCGGAGAUCGAAAUUAUCUUCGUAGCUUUCAACCUUCGUGGUUCAAUCUAUUUCCUUCAUGGCUUGAAUAUUCGCGCGAAACAGAUGCAGCAUUUUGUCUACCAUGCUUUCUCUUUAAUAAGCCAUCUGGACAUCCUACGCAACGUGUUUUCACUAUAGAUGGAUUCAAGAAUUGGAAGAAAGUUAGAGAUGGAAAAAAUUGUGCUUUUCUCAAUCAUAUAGGAAAAGAUCCUAAUUCAUUUCACAGAAUUGCUGAGAGAGGUCGGGAUGAAAGUGUGGAUUCAACGAAUCGUGGAAAUUUUCUUGAAAUAUUGAAUUUAAUGGUUUCAUAUAAUGAACAGAUUGCUAAAGUGAUAGCUAAAGCUCCAAAAAAUGCCUCUUAUACAUCACCAAUGAUACAAAAAGAAAUUUUACAUAUUUUUUCAACCAGAUUGAAGGAGGCAAUUCGCAAAGAAAUUAGUAAUGCAAAGUUUUGCAUAAUGGUUGAUGAAGCUCGUGAUGAGUCAAUGAAAGAGCAAAUGACUAUAGUUUUAAGAUUUGUCGACAAAGAUGGUUUUGUGCGGGAACGUUUUUUUGGGCUUGUUCAUGUCGCUAAUACUGCGGCACUAACCCUACAAAAGGGUAUAUAUUUUGUAUUGUCUCAACAUAAGUUAGCCAUUGAAAAUAUUCGAGGGCAAGGAUAUGACGACGCAAGCAACAUGCGAGAAUUGCGGAUUUCUCAAACUGUUGAAAUUGCUUACCUGAUUGAAAUUAAUGAGAUUGAGAGUGGAAGGGGACUUAAUCAAAUUAGUACUUUACAACGGGCUGGAGAUACUCGUUGGAGUUCUCACUUGAGAUCAGUUUCUAGCUUGAUCAAAAUUUUUAGUCCAGUUUGUGAAGUUAUUCUUAAAAUCAUUGAUGUGGGAACUACUUCUUCACAACGAGCAGAAGCAGAUUCAGUUUAUCAAGUAAUGACUUCAUUUGAAUUUGUUUUCAUCUUGCAUCUCAUGAAAGAAACGAUGCAGAUUACUGAUCAUCUAUGUCAAGAAUUGCAAUCAAAAUCUCAAGACAUUUUAAGUGCCAUGAAUCUUGUUUCAUCUACCAAAGCAUAUAUCCAACAAUAUAGAGAUGAUAAAUGGGAUGAUUUACUUACCAAUGUGAAGUCAUUUUGCGAGAAACGCAAUAUAGAUAUCCCAGAUAUGAAUGCCCGUUAUGUUGAGAGCUCAGCUCUUGAUCCUCGAGCUGCACGUGAAUCUUUUAGAAUUGAUGAUAUUUGUCAGUUGGUAAACAAGUUUUAUCCUCAAGAUUUUACCGAUCUUGAAAAGGAACAGUUGGAAAUAGAACUUAACCAUUAUAAGCAUAAUGUAGUCCUACAUUCGAGUUUUCAAGCAUUGUCAAAUAUUUCUGAAUUGUGCCAAUGGUUGGUUAGUACCGGAAAAUCAGCUAUCUACCAACUUGUUUUUCGAGUUAUUGUACUUGUGCUUACUCUUCCCUUUUCUACCGCAACUACAGAACGAGCAUUUUCAGCCAUGAAUAUUGUCAAAACUAGGCUUCGCAACAAAAUUGAAGACGAGUUUCUGACGGAUUCUUUAAUGGUGUACAUUGAAAGAGAAAUUGCUGCAACAAUUAGCAUAGAUUCAAUCAUAGAUGAUUUUCGGGAUUUAAAAAAACGGCGGGUUCCAUUUUGA